AUGUCGCAGGCAUCGCACAAACUCGUUCGCCCCGUCACCAUGCUCGUGCUGCUUCUCGGAGCGUCACUCGCCGUCGCCCGGCCCGCUCGUGCGACGUCGCCCGGGUCGCCAGGUCCUAUCGAUGCGAUUUUCGUGUUCGGCGACUCGCUCCUGGACGUGGGGAACAACAACUACGGCCCGGCCGACUGGCCCAAGAAUAACUUCGCUCCGUACGGCAUUAACUACAUCCCCGCGUCGGGCCGCGUGUGCGACGGCAAGCUGACCGUCGAUUACCUCGCGGAGUGGCUGGGCUUCCCCGGGUCGCCUCCGCCGUACCUGCAGCCGGGCCGCAAUGCGACGCUCGGAGUGAGCUUCGCCAGCGCUGGCGCCAGUUUCAACAUCACGGGAUACACCCUCCCGGCCUUCCAGGCAUCGCAGCAGCUGCAGUGGUACGCCAAGUUCCAGGCCGACGUGAACGCAGCAGCCGGCGCCGACCCGCUCCUCCCAAAGUCGCCAGCCGUCUUCUCCUCUGCACUCCACAUCGUCGGGCUGGGAGCCAACGACUACCAGAUCCUCUUCUUUGGAGAGCGCGUCAACGAGAGCACCAUCCCAAGGCUCGCUGCUGGAGGCUCCCAACAGGCGCGGGAUUUUGCGUCCGCGGUGGUGGGCGCAAUCGAGGCGUACGUGAGGAGGCUGUAUGGGCUGGGAGCAAGGCGGUUUCUGCUGUCGGAGCUGCCGCCGUUUGGGUGCGCGCCGCUGUGGCGGCAGGCGCUGCAGCAGGCGCAGUGUGUGGCGGUGCUGAAUGGGUACGCGCAGGCGCACAACCGCCUGCUGGCUGCUGCUGCGGGGAGGCUGAGGGAGGAGCUGCAGGGAUCGCAGAUCCUGCUGGCCAAGGUGUAUGGGAUUGUGGAGACCGCUGUUGCUGAUCCCGCCACUGUUGGCCUCCUGGAGGGCAGCAACGCCUGCUGUGGUGGCCCGCCUCCCCUCAACGGGCUCGUGCAGUGCGGCACCACGGCCAACCUGGGCGGUAACAUGGUAACCGCAUCGCAGUGCAGCCGCCCGCAGGACGCGGUGUUCUGGGACCAGUUCCACCACACGGAGUCCCUCAACCGCAUUCUCGCCCGCAACUUGUUUGUGGGCCGCCAGGACUCCAUCUCUCCCAUGAGCGUCCACGGCGAGUUCUCCUCUAUAGAAUCCACUCCCAUUCCGCUGUUCCUCCACCCUCCGCCUUUCCGUGCUGCUACUUCCCCCGAUUCUCACCGUUGCACCUCGGAAGGACAGCUGAGACGGACGGCUGAGAUCUUCUCAGGCUGGCGGCGAAGGAUCGCCAGUCAAUGGAUGCGAUGGCGGCUCGCCUUCAGAGCUCCUUCGAUGAGGUGCUCGCGUCUGCCUCCUUGCUCGUGGAGGCUGCUUCAUCGGCUCCUCGUGGUGACACACAGUCAGGGUACACACGCUACUCUCCACUCGCCCCCUCCCUCUCCUUCCCUCAUCUCUCUUCCCAUCUCUCUUCAUCGGCUCCUCGUGGUGCCCACAGCUAUCUCACUCAUAACCCUAUGGCAUUCCUCCAGUGGGCCGCACAGUGAGGUGGCAGUAGCAUCAGCGCUGGAGGUGUUUCAGAGCCGAGUGGACCUCUUUCAAGCCGCCUGCGACCGGGCUCAGCAGCAAGUGGACGCAGCAAGGCACCGGCUGCUGUCGGAAAGCCUGGUGGACGAAGCAAGAGGCGCAGCAAUUGACACGCCUGCUGUGGGUGCAGCAGGAGGAGAGGGGGAGGCCCAGAUGGUGCUGGGAGCAACUCGGUUGGAGCAGAUCAGCAAGGCAGUGAGAGCCAUGGUGCAGGACCUGCAGCACGGACAUACAGACAAGCACUGA